UCCUGUGUAUUGGGAGCAGGCAUUCGUAUACUCCGUAAGUCUAGAUACCACCAAUUGUAACAAGCUUUAAAUCGACAGUAUUUCCUCAUAGUCUACCAAUGAUACUUAGGGCUUGGAAAAUACUUGUACAGUAGCCAUUAAAGUGUUUCACUGCCAGGACAGCGAGCCCGCCACGGUCAUGCCAAGACGUAAGGAACGGGUGUAAGGUGUAACUACCGUUUAAUGACGCGACCAUGAUCGGUAGAUACACUGUUAUUGUGAUACAGACUUUUAUGAAUGGAAAAUCCAUGACAUGAGAACUAUUGUAAGUUAACAUAAACUAUUUACCCCGUGAAAGUGAAGAAGAAACGUAGAAGGAUGAAGUAAAACUCUAUAAACAAACAAUGGGCAUGUUUCACAAAUCUGUAUUGUACCAAACCGGAGUGAGCGUGCAGGGUAUCUGCUGAGAUGGACUAGAAGGAAAAUCCUGUGCUAAUAAAGGAACUAUUCUAUGAGAUGUAUAAUUUCUGAAGACAAAACCAGAUACAAAGAUGAAAAAACAAGGCACGGUUGAUAGACUAAAAAUAAAGGGGACGCCGGCUCCUCGGAACACUCCGACGUCACCCUUGUUGUCAAUGUCAAAGGCAAACAGAGCGAGUAAUCCGAAUGUGGCAGCCGUUGAUAGAUCGUAUGAGUUUGUCUUGCGCAAAGCAAAUAGGAAAGCUUUGGAGCAGAUGCCAGCAGGGCCUAGUCAUAUCACAAGACGCAUGGACUUCCUAAAUAGAAUUCAAAAUGCAAAUUUUGGAAUAUCCACCAUGGACUCUCCCUAUAUCACAAGUGAAGGGACGGUCGUAGAUGAUCAACCUAAAUUUGUUCUUUGUGGACAACCUUUAAAUGGAUGUUCCUCAAAAUCAUUUGUAAAGUACUUCAGUGACCAAAGAGUGGGAAGUUAUAAAACAUCUGCACAGGAGAUGUAUCGAGCGCGCCACAAUAUUAAAACCAGAGCUCGAAGUGAACCCGCAUGGAGAACAACAGACAAUCGAAAUGGUGACAGUUCUUCAGCAAAAACAGAGUUCAAAGACAAUAGAAGUAUGCAUUCAUCAUCUUUUAUAUCUGUUCCUUCCUCUGCUAGCGAGAGUGUCACUUUUCCUGCCAUGAGACCAUCUCCAGUAGAUAGAAACAAGUCAUCUUUCGAACUAAAAGGCAGAAGCUUCAAACCGGUCAACGGUCUUAACCUGGGCUUCUCUUCGUCCGUCAGUGGAGAUUUCGUAAUAUCAAAAUCACCAUCUAGGGUAUCGAAAGACGACAAGAAGGAAACCGUCAAUACAACUACUGCUCCCAAUGAAUCCGGUAAAGCUGGCAGUGCUUUCUUACAUAUAAAUAAUGAUCCACAAGAAGUGACAAUUGCACCUGAAAACGGCACAGAAUUCCCUAAGUACAAUAAGUCGUUCGCAAAGAAAGGAGUACGAUUCUUUAACAAUCCGUACAGACUCCUCAAAAACAGGGAAAGACAGGUAGCUAUUAGAACUCAAAACUUAGACAUGAAAUCAGUACAGAAAAUAACAAAUAUGAACACUGACAAUCCAUCAGAGUCGGAGAAAGUUCUGGAAAAUUUACCAAAAGGUGAAUCAUCUGAGCAACUCCUACUUGAAAUGAUGUUUGAUGUGAACGGGCAAAGGACACGUAGGUCGCACGUUAGUGGAAAAUACUCUGACAUCGCUCUCCACAGAGACUUAGACGAAUACAUGGUUGUCCGGACGCCACCAUCUUCAACUAGAGACUCACCCGUUAAGUCACACAGGGGCAAGAGUGGCAGAAGGUACUUAGACGAGCUUGAAGAGGAGUCACAUUGGGCUGGGAAUGACAUCAGUGAAGCUCGAAUAAUAAACAGGAUUUCAACGUAGUAAUUCCAAUAGUGUUUAGUAAUGUCACCUGUCUGUUCAGAUGCCAAGCCUUGUGGCAACAUCACAGCAGUAAUAAUGUUUCAUUUUAACUACAAUAUAUAUACCAAUGCUAUUCUUUUUCAAUAUUAGAAAUCAUUUUGGUUGUCUUAAGGAAGAACAGGACAAAGAAAGUCAUUUAAAGUUGAGUUAACAGGAAAAUUAUAUUUACUUCAGAUCAAAGUUGGUAUUAUUUUGUAUCAAGUAAUUAACUUAAAGGUAUUUAAAGAUAUAUAUAUUAUUUAGCUUAUUGAAACAAAAAUGCAUAUUUACUGCUAUACUAUGAAUGGUCUGACCAUGAUUCUAACUGCUGUUUUCGAUCAGCCUCAUUAAGCGAAACUCUCAAAAUUGAGAUCACUAUUAACUGUAUGAAUUAAAGCAUAUAAUAUAUGAAUGAAAAGAUUGGUGAUUGCUUAGAGAUGUUGAGCAUAGAUAACACAUCAAUAAUAACAAACCUGUAUGUGAAACGGAAUAGAUCGGGCGACGUAUUGCUAUUUUUAUUCCAAAUACUGAGCAAAUGAUGACAAACAUUCUUUAUAUAUUAUGAUGUUACCGAAUCCUUUACAAGACGCAAAACUGAAAUUGUUUCGUGUCUACAUUUUGGGCACACUGCGUCACUACUGCCGGUUUUACCGAUUCACUCACUCAUUUACCUUCGAAUUCAGGACGGAUUAACUAUCGAGCUGUUUUUUUCUGAGUUCUGAAACAGACAUCUAAGGUCUGAAUAUUAACAUGUCUGCCAACUUUUAUGCCUGAAAAUGAAACACAAAAUGUUACAGGACCUGAUUACUCUUUAUAAAGGAAACGAUUACUAUACAGUGUUACUAGGUUUAGAUUUCCUUAAAAAUACUUACAUUGUCAUGCAUGAUAAUGGUUUAAGUUUAGCGACAAUGAUAUCGUCGAUAUUAGAUUUAUAAAUAUAUAAUCAAAGUACAUUAUAAAAGAUGUGAGUAAAUUGACCUAAAGACGUAACAUUCUUCAUACACGCUGUUAAUGUAUUAGCUCUACAUGUGAUUUAACAACUGAUCACCUGAAGAGCUGAUACUGUAAACAUGCUGGUAUAACACAUGAUCUGUUUGGUUGACAUCAGAAUUCUUGGAUUUGGCAAACAGGAACAUCCUUAGUUAUUUAUAACAUGAGCGUCCCUGCACGUUAUUUUUCAUAUUCACGUGAUCAAAUAGACUUAAGUCUUCAAACUUAAUUAUCAAUCUUCCGUGUUUUACAUAAAGUAAACUUUACAUGUUCGUAUAUCCAUUUUGCAACAUUUCAGUAUUAAACACAUAUUUUUAUGUAUAUUAUACUCAUUGUUGUCUAA